AUGGCUCGUAGACUACUCGCCUUCCUUCUCUUGGCUAUUUUCGCUGCAUCUUCGAAUGCUUUUGUUCAACCAAGAGCAGCAGGUUCCAUCUCUCAGAGCACAGCAGCACCUCCAUCAGUGACUGCUCUCUUCGAGAGACAGUGGAAUUUCAACGAGGGACAAAGCCCAUGGGGUUUGAAGAAGAAUGCUGAAAUCUGGAAUGGACGUGUGUCUCAGAUGGCCUUUGUCUGGGUUUUCUUGCAAGAGUUGAUUACUGGAAAGGGAGUCGUCCAAGGAAUCCAAGAAGGGGAUUUUUUCUUCGUUGCAAACGCUGGCCUCUUUGGUGUUUCACUUCUUGCGCUUACAGUCUGGCUAGCUAUCAAGGGUGACAACGACUACACUAAAGAAUAA